GUGUAAUAGAAUGAUAGAUAAGGAAAAAGAAAGACAUCGAGUCACACGCCGCAAACGAAGAAAGUUGUUGGAAUAACAAUUGUCUUAGGGGCAGAUCUAGAUCUUCCUUCGCCCCUGAAGAACUUGGCUGAAUCUAACAAUCGCUUGAUCCCACCCGAAGCGUACGAUACGCAGAUCUAGGACUCUACCAACCGAAUCCCGAAUAACACUCUAUUUUUGCCUAGUGUUCCACGCCGUCGAGAUGCCACUGCGCAGUUCGUGCCAGUUACCAAAACCGGCUAGCGCCGCGAGCAGGUCGUAAGGGCAAUUCGUGUAUAAAUAUCGAGAAUCCUCGAGUGUGUUGCUGUAAAUAUUAAUCAUAGACAAACACCAAAGCCUCUAAGAAGAAAGUAACCCAGCAGACCUGCUCGCAAACAGCAUCACCUUUCCUCUAAAACCAACUGAGAACUCCAAUAUUCACAUAACUCUCAUAAAAUCCAUCCCUCACAACCCUACCCGUCCCCCCAAAGCCAUAAACCCCAAAUAACUCAAGAUGUCCUCCAACACCACCCUCCUAACCAGCGGCGCCCGCCUCAUCGUCACAACCCAUAACGCAUCCGGCAAAUCCACCUUUCACAGCGACCUAACCCUCCCCUCGUUCUCGCCCUUCGGCCCCAGCGGCAGCUCCUUCACCAUCUUCGACACCCGGUCCUCCGUCCCCGUCAACAACCUCCAAGAACCAACCCACCUACGCGACACAAUCCCCCGCGUUCCCGCCUCCGGCGUCAAUUUCUGCGUCACGAACAUCGCGCCGCGUUUUAGCGUGCCGAUGCACCGGACCCUGAGUCUCGACUACGCGGUCGUGUUGGCUGGGGAGAUUGUGCUGGCUUUGGAUAGUAGGGAGGAGAGGAUGGUGAAGGCGGGCGAGUUUAUCGUGCAGCAGGGCGUGAACCAUGCGUGGCAUAAUCGCACGGAUGAGGUUUGUCGCAUUGCGUUUGUGGGGGUGGGGGCGGAGAUGGUGGUGUUGGGGAGUGGGGAGGAGUUGCGGGAGACGGUUAUUAAGGUGCCGGCGAAAUAGGGAUUUAAGUGG